CUUCUCUCUCUCUCUCUCUUUCUUUUUUUGCUUCUCUCUCCUCUCUUCCUUUCUUUCUUUCACUAUUAUUGUCCAUCUUCCACCAGCCAUCAUCCUUCCCUCCUUUCCCUUCCUUCAUCCUCCCUUCUUUCUUCCGCUACAACUCUUUCCCUCAUCAUAAAAAUCAUCAAUCAUCAGUCAUUUUCAUCAUCUUUAUCAUUAGCACUCCUCAUUUGCCUCUUCAUCCUUUCAUUCUCAUUGAUUCCUUUAAUCAUUUAAUAUUAUUGUUAUUAUUGUUAUCAUUACGCUUCCUUGUCAGUUGCAUCCUUCUUAAACUUGGGACAUCCCAUUCCCAUCACCUUUUUCAUCUCUUCCACCCCCCCCGUCUUCCUUGGCCAUUGAUAUGAUGAAUACAGAGGCGAAAUUGGUUGUGUCGCUCAUCGGCAGAAUCAUGUCCAAGCUCCCUUACAAUGGACGGCCACUCGAGAGCAUAGAAAUGGACCCUCUCAUCCAGCAAUGGAUAGUCUCUCUGGUCGAGCUCUCACGAUAUCGUCUGGGCCUCAUCUGCCGCCAACUUGUUAAUCAGCUUGAGAGUAUCUCCAAGCAAAAUGGCACAGUCCUCGAAGAUGUUGUGCCAUACGAUGUGAUGCAAUCGCAAUUGUUUGUGCUCAGGAUUCUGUCGCAAUGCAUGGAGGCUCAGUGGAAAGCACAUAGAGAUCAGCUUACGCAGCGCCUAAGAGAACAAAGCGAACAAGAAUCUGAAGACGCCACAGUACGCGACGGCAUAUUCAAUAAUGGCUCAUCUACGGAAGCGUCGGUAUCCUCUAUUACAGCCGAAGCGGCAGCUCGUCAUAGUGAUCCUCCGCCAUUAGAAGACGCGCUCGCCAAGUAUAUUCUGAGUGUUUUGACCCGAUUCUUACAUGAUGCCCCAACUGUCGAGGAUCCAGACACAAAGUCAGAGACUAUGACGAACAACAGCGCCAACAAGAAAAAAGCAACGGAACCCGACAGUGCGCCGGCCACUGCAUCUGUCAAUACAACAAACUUCCAGGAUGUCGAACUAUCAAAUGAGAUCUAUAAGACUGCUGGCAGGGUCCUAUUCUAUAUUAGUGCUUCAAACUGGCCUAUUGUCUUUGCUCGUCUCAAGGCUAGGAUCCAACACCUUACAACCACAAAUGACGACUGGCCUGAGACUGCAGAGCUCAAGUUGUUGGAGACGGCCAGCCUAAACCAGCGGAGGCUCGGUCAGGUCUUGACAGAAUUGCGCUCGACAUUCCUGCACCUUAAAAGGUCGGCGCAAUCGGUCAUGGGCCAAGUUCUUCAUAAGGCCAUUUGGAAUUGGAUCGAGGUUUUUCCUUCAGAAUUUGUACAUCUCUGUCAGACGCAGAAGCGUAUGGAGGGAGAACCUCACAUUCUAUUCGAUAUCUGCCAUGCUCUCGCAACAGAUAACAGACGUAGAAUACAUUUCUGGCCUUUGCAAACUAUGCUACUUAUUUUGUGUCCCGACAUUCUCUUGAAUGCAGCAAUGAAUGACAGCAGGAAUAACAUGUCAAAGAAGGCCCAGUUCCUUGAAGCUCUUAAAAAAUCGCUGCGUAAUAAGAGUCUUAUGGAGAUUGCAGGGCUUUGCUACGUCGAUGUUUGUAAAGCAUCAACGUACGUCUCUAAGCAUGAUACUUCUGCACUGCGCCACAUUGUACCAGAGAUUGAGAAUGAGCUUAAGGAGCUGCUCUUUACUCCCUCGAAGCCAUAUUUAGAUGCAGACGGUACUACCGACAAAGCAACCAUGUCAGCAUGCUUAACGGCACUCUAUCGUCUAAACCCGCGUCAUGUGAUUCAUUCUUUAAUCCCUGAACUAUCCAGUGAUAGAGCACCGAUCGCUUUUAAAUUGGUUUUGGUUCAGUCUUUUUACACAAUAGCAUCCGAAGAAGAUAGAUUGCCUUGGAAUCCUUCCAUCCAGCCUGCUACAUCAGCGCUCGGAGCACCACUACGUAAAAUGUUUGCCGACAAUGUUGUUCGCGAGAGGGCUGCAGAUAUUAUUAAUAAGAAGAUCCUCAUCGACAGAAAACUUAAGAAACAGAUGGUAGAUAUCGCUAGGGAUAAGCAGGAGCUUAUCAUCUAUCUUUUGAAGAUGUAUCAGAUCGAUCCCGCGCUAGCAGUAGCUACUGAAACUCCUGAUACUGUCGAAGAAGAGAUUUACCAACUCUUUAAGGGACUCUUACUCUGCCUCAAUGACACACACAUCGGGAUCUGUACAACAGCAGGUGAAGUACUGCUGCAGCUCUUUGAUUCUAGGAUCAUUGAGCGCUGGGGGUCAGGUGCCAAUCUGAUGGCUACGUUUUGGAACUUGAGCUGCGAUGUCAUUCUUUCAAUCGGGCGCAAGUUAUUGGAGCUCAAGUGUACAGAUGAAAAAUCGCGUUUCCUUCUUGAGCUAUUACAGCAGCUCAUGUCACGCCGAAAUAUCUUCUUAAAGGAUCAUCAGGACCUUGCGAUCGCAUGUCACGAUAUUCCGAUGCGGUUUGCAACGAGUGUGGCACUCGAGAUUACCCUUUUAAUUCUCAUUUGCGCACCAGAUCAAGAUAUAUGUACAAUGGCUAUGAACUGCAUCAGUCUAUUGUGUGAGGAAACUGUUAUUACCCAAGAAAUUGAUAAUCCCAGCACUGGACAGCUUUCGUUGUUGGAAAACAUCAAUGUUUAUAUGGAACUAUCAGCUCCUAGUGCGGUAGUCGCAGGUCGAAUGUCGCAACAGAAGCGUUUGCGUAGGAUUAUUCGACAAAUUUCUCAACCGACUCCUGGAAACUUGGGUGCUUGGGAGGAAGCUUAUAAACGCUGGAGGAACAUCACUGUGUUCUGGACUAAAGAUGAGAUUGCAUUCUACGAGAAUAUGGAGCCAUUUGAGAAGAACCGAAACGCCAAACGCUCAACGGCUCUUCCACCUCCACCCAAAGGAGGCUUUGUCAUUGAUCCAACAGAUUCACGCAAUACUGAAUGGCAAAACUUCACAGGGUUCCUUGCAGCCCUUGCUGGAGCUUCUUUGCCAUCAACCGGCGCACCAAGGAACACAGGCGAAAAUUUCCGUCGUUCGAAUGCCAAAGAAACUAAGAAAACACAGACAAGUGUGGAACGUUACAUGCUUGACAUGGUUCAAUUGCUUGUGAAUGAGCAAGUCUUUGUCCGCGAUGUUGUCAAACAGACAUUGGGAUCUGAACUCUCACCGGCACUGUAUCCAGUUCUAUUCAAGCAGCUAAUUUAUGUAGUGUCACGCUUCUUUGACAGCCAUGGCGAGCCUCUGUGUACUGAUCAGUAUACUAUGUUUGUUGACCAGGCCAUCUCUGUGCUCAAGCUGGUUUUGGACCGCAUGUCUUCACCAUCCGACGCCAUCUUUUCUGUCGACUUUGGCGCACUUGUCUUAUACUUUGCUCGUUAUCUUCAUCGUCUUGGACACAGUUUAAAUGGCCUGCGCGUUAAGAUCAAGAUGUGCCAGUUAUGUGAAACACUCAUGCAGAAGAAGGAGUAUAUAAGUCUUCGUCAGGAGAUCCGUCUUCGAAAUAAGAUGGUUGAGGUUAUGAUUGAAUGGACAUCUGACUUUUCUUUGCCUACGGAAAUGCCCUCGUAUGUCGAAGAGAAAGACGAUCCUGCUAAUAAUGGACGUCUCUAUCGUGAUUUGGAUCUCGCUUGUAUGAAGUCCAUCGUUGCGUUACUAUUCGAGCUGCCUCUGCAACCAUACGAGACAACACAUGAUACAGAUAUGACCCAGAUCCGAUCCGCCAUUUUUUAUAGAUACUUCAAUUUCUUCCUCAAGCUUCUCAACCGUUGUCGCGUCCUGGAGUAUAUUGAAUCUGGACCCUCCUAUCAUAGGCAGAACAAUGAGGAUUUGGCAUUGCUCUUUGCGAAGUCAAAGGCAAUCGUUCGUGAUUUGGGCCCUCUUAAGGAGUAUACAAUCAAAGCUCUCUCUAAUAUGCUGAGUGCUAAUAUCGAGACUGGGCUGAACUAUUCAUUGUCAAUGGGAUAUCACGAAGACGAUCGUACACGAACAGCCUUUAUGCAAGUCUUGACGAACAUUCUUAAGCAAGGCACUGAGUUUGCCGUCCUCUCGGAGAGUGCCAUGGAGGAUCGUUAUGAAAAGCUUAUCGAUCUCAUCGCUUCACCUGACUUGACGUUAGUACUAUCGUUAUGUCAAGUCUGUCCUGUGGCCGAAAUCGAUGACCUUGCAAUCGUACUAUUGCAUGUUUUCGAAAGCCGUGGUCUAGCCAUGCCGUUGUUGAAGGCCAUCAUCAUGAAAGAAGUUCGAGAGACUAGCGAAUCUGAAUUAUUCCGUCGAAACUGUAUGGCUACAAAGCUGUUGACAGUAUUUGCAAAGAUCAAUGGAGCAGAGUACCUCAAGAGCACACUGCAACCAGCAUUGAACGCGUUCGGGACCGUUCCAGCACAGGGUUCUUAUGAACUGGAUCCUACCAGGAUUACGCCCGAUGAGGACGUUAAUGUCAAUUUUGAGAACCUCAAGCAUAUGGCUCAAGUAUUCUUGGACACGAUCACCAACUCUGUUUCCAAUGUGCCAAAUUCGUUCCGUGAGGUCUGCUGGUACUUAUCGCAGGCCGUGGGUGAGCGGUUUCCUGACGCAAAAUUCACCGCUGUAGGUGGAUUCAUCUUUUUGCGUUUCAUCUGUCCAGCGAUUGUUGCUCCAGAGACAGAUGGUUUGCUGCAGGUGCCAAUUGAAAGCGCAAAGGUUCGCCGAGGGCUUUUGUUAAUCACAAAAGUGAUUCAGAAUUUGGCGAACAACGUUCUCUUCGGUGGAAAGGAGCCUUUCAUGAUCGUCCUUAAUGAUUUCUUGACAACCAAUAUUCAUAAGGUUACAAGAUUCCUUGGAAACAUUUCGACGCUUGAGCAACUAGAGCCAGCUUCGACCGAUCCUGCACAUUAUCGCGCGAUUGAUGUGGGUGAUCGAUCUUCGCUGCAUCGUCAUCUGGUGCUUAAUUUGGAAAGAAUGAGCAAAGAUUUAACAAUGAAAACUUCAGCAGAGCUAGAGGAAGAUAAGACGUAUUUGGUGACCAAGCGAUCCUUUGAUACGCUCUCCACGUUGCUGGCACAGUUAGGGCCUCCUCCAGAGCGUUACCGUCGAGAUGUGGUUCCUGUGACUUUGAACACUGCACCUAACAUUCAUCAAUACCAUGAAUUUAUGCGAAAGAACAGAGGACGCACAAGCGACAGUCUCCUCAAAGAUGGUGUGUUUUACGAGGGGGGGCUUUCUAAAGAACGGCGUCCUGUCUUUUACUUCGUAAUGCGGAAGCUGUCGCUGGACAAUGUCGACCUUGAGACCAUCAUGUACCGUAUCUUUUUGCUGUUGGAGCCUGUCGCUAACAAAGCAUAUGAUCUGGUCGUGGACGUAACCGGAUUCGGCCCUUCGAACGAAAUUUCGGAUCAUAACAUUAGCCAGUUCCUUCAGCUUUUGCCCACGGAAACGGCACUUGGUCUCUGCAAUUUGUUCUUUAUCAAUGUCAAUACAGCCUUCCGCCGCUACACAAAAUCACUUUCUCGUCAACUAACUAACAGGGUUGCCAAGCGGGUUAUCUUUCCAUCUAACUUGCAGGAACUGAGCGAGUAUAUUGCAUUGUCCGAAUUGCGACUACCAAAGUCCACCACAUCUCUAGAAUCUGAUGGAAACCAAGGUAUCCUCGGCAUCAACAAACUCACUCCUGGUUCUCCACCGACUCCAGUCAUCUUCAAGAUUGGCCACGAAGUUAUUCAAGUUGUGAUGCAAAAGAAACAAGAAAUCUUUGUUGGGAUGAGCUGCCAGUAUAAUGAUGUCUAUCAUAUCAGUGAGCUGGAUGACAUUUCUAAGGCACACAGCCGUGGCGAUGAUGGCGAGUUCUUUAUUAUUUAUGAGGAUGGAACUAUGUCAAUGACCUUUACUUCACCAAAGCGUGACCAAAUCAUUUCAGCAAUAGCUAGGACAAAGCAGCGUUUUCUGGCCUCGAAACCCGCAAACUACAGCGCACGGGUUAUUCGUCCCAAUGAUGUCCCUGGAACACUACUCACUAUGGCCAUGUUCAACCUUUCGAGCCCCGACUCUGCAUUGCGUCUGGCAUCAUACAACUUACUCUGUGCGCUGUCGGAUACAUUCAAGUUUGAUACUGGUAACCAGCUUUUGAGCGCAAAAGGGCUAUGUAUACCUACGAACAACGCUCCUUUCAUUCGCCGUAUGAGUGAAAUGCUGGCUCGAACAGAGAGCCAUUUGACACUCGAGUUCCUGACAGAAUGUUUUGUUGGCUUCCAAAAGACGCCCAAAGCUUUGAAACCUCGCUGUCUUGAAUUUGUAUCACCAUGGUUGUCCAAUUUAGCCAAAUAUUGCAGAAGCUCGAGCGAUAACCAUGCUGGAUUUGCAAAGACUCGUGAAAUCAUUAAGGGAUUGAUUGAUAUGACUGUGAAUGAGCCUGAAAUCUAUGGAGCAAUGCAGGAUAUUAUUUGGAGUCGUGUGGAAGAGAUUGACGCAUUGGUGGUCCUGGUUUUAGAUUUAUUUAUUAGUGAAUCCAUGGAGGGUGGUAUCGGAUCAGUGCAGGCAGAGAAAUUGGGCGACACACUUGUGACGCUAUCUUCUGUCUCGAUUAGCGGCAAAGUGAUAUCGCGACUCCGGAAGGUAAUCUCAAAGACGGGAUUAAAGCCCAUGCGUCAAUUGACAGACCAUAGUUCUUGGACAGAGAUUGGAGUUUUAGUCCGAUUCUGCAUGAAUCUAUCCUUCAACGACACGAAGGAUGUGCUUAACUUCCUGCCCGAGGUCUGCCACAUUGUCACAUUGUUGGUAGCUGCAGGUGCCUCAGUUGUUCGGUCCGCAGUCCAUGGAAUGGUGGCUAAUAUUGUGCAGGCGCUUGCGACGACGAUUCCCGCUAGUGAGCCAAACCAUGCAAAAUUGCUCGUCUUGCUACAAGAGCUGUCUGAGAACAAAUUCAGAAUGCUUUUUGGUCUCAGUCGGUCGUAUAGCAACUCAUUUGUAAUCUCACCUGAAACCUUGAAGGAUUUCAACGAACCUAUGCCUUUGAGCUGGCUCGAAAACAUUUGUAAGGCGCUUAUGGAUGUUAUUGAACUUGGGUCGCCCUCAAAUGAUGCUGCAAAUGCUGCAAGAGCUAGAUGGAUGGGUCUGGUCACUAGCACAGCCUUCCAGUUCAACCCUGCUAUCCAACCCAGAGCGUUUGUCGCUUUGGGAUGCCUGGCACGUGAGGAAGUCGAUGAUGACCUACUCUAUCAGAUUUUGGUCGCUCUUCGUGGCGCCUUGGCCAUGUUUGUGGAGUCUGAUUACAAUUUAAUUGCCAGUAUUGUGAUGUGUCUGACCAACAUCGCCGCAAAUCUGCCUGCAGAAUCAAGGUACCUUCAACACUUAUUCUGGCUCGGACUGUCGAUUGUCGAGAUUGGUCAUGUUCCACUCUUCACAUGUGCUCUAGAACUGCUGCAAGCCGUGUUGAAGGUGCUUGAUGCUCAAGGUUUUUUCAUCCACGAGCCAUUGGAUGAGGUGUUGUUAAGGGCAAGGAUCCCACUUUUGGAUGUAACCAAGGAACUGGAUGAAUCAAUUGGACUGAACUUUGAAACUCAUUUCUCGUUCGGCGUGGCGGGCGCACUAUUAAAGGGAUUGAAACAUCCUUCUACUAAAACGAUCACCACCGAAGUAUUGCGAUCUAUCCUUCAGAUCGCAGUCAAAGGUACACAGCCAGAUGUUGUCGACGUCCGUGUGAUGGGCUAUCUGGCAGCGUUAUUGCCACAAGCUGCUAGGAAUAUGGAACUGAAAGAGCUGUUGCAGAUGGUGGGCAUCACUUCCAUGGAAGUAAAUAACACUGCCUUGAAUGAUACCUACUAUAAGAUGUUUGACUAUCUGGUCAUCCCGGAUAAUACCACUGGAUUAUUGCUGGUCACUUUGGUUGUGACUAUGCUUCAGAAUGCAGAGACGGAGUCUGAGAGAUUGUUUCUCUAUGCCUUCUUGGCUGAGGCUGCCGUUGCGUUGCCCGAGGUCUUUGCACUUGUAUAUGAGUCACUUUUACCCAAGAUGCAUCAGAUCAUUAACAGCUCACAGGUGGUGCCGAUCAUCGACGCAGUGCAAUCGAUUAUCUUUGCAGUGGUUGCAGAUCCGCUUUUGAGUAAGGCUGCGGCGAGUAUACAAAAGGCUAGUCAGCUGGCAUAUCUGACAGAGUUAGGUUUUGCGGGAUUAAUGGAUACAGGGGCACCGGGAUUCAACCCAAGCAACGGACGACCAACUGUACAUAAGCAUGCGUUGCUGGUCAGCGAGCUGGUCGAAAGAAUCAUUCAGUAAAUAUCUCAUCUUAUAUUAUCUAUUCUUAUAUACG